AUGCCCCCUCGCAGCCUGAGGAAACGUCCUGUGACGUUGGAUGAGGCACACGAGUCUGGCGAGGAGGAUGCACCCCCCAAGCUGAGCGUGGAGGACACACGGCUCCUGCAGAGGCAGCGGCAGCGCCAGACGGGCGUGGAUGCCGCGGCCCUGUUGCAGGGGCGCAGGGAUGAUGAGGACAGGGAGCUGGCGCUGGCGAGCGCUGCGGCCUCGGCCGCGCCGGAGGAGGGGGGCCUGCACGCCGCCUUCAAGCGUGAGCGGCAGCAGGAUGAGGACGCCGACAACCCGCACAUGAAGCAAUAUGUGGAGGCCCAGUUGGCCGCUCGGCUGGGCAGGCCGGCGCCGGGGUCGGAGCAGCCGGCGGCGCCGCGUGGUAUCGACGACGAGUUGUUUGCGACCAGCCAGUACCAGCGAAAGGACGACCUGGAGCUGGGGCCCUCCUGGAUCACGGGCAUCACGGAGGUCCCGCUGUCCAUGCAUCAGAGGCUGAAGAACAUUGAGGACACCGAGACCGCCAAGAAAAAGAUGCUGACAAGGAGUGGCAUGGUCAGCAUACACGACGCCGACGAUGAUGAUGACGAAGAGGAGGGUGCAGGCUCCCGCCAGGCCCUACGGCGUGGCCAGUACCCCGUCUUUUUUGGAAAGCAGGACCCCGCCAUGCUCAAGCGGGUAGAGGAGGCGCAGAUUGCCAAGAAGCAGAAGAAGGCUUACUACGCCGACAUCCGCGCUAAGAAGCGGCAGGAGGACCGGCCCUCGUGGUAG